ACUUCGCCAUUAGCUAGGGUUUAUCGAGGGUUUCGUUCUCUCUCUAACAAUGGCGAAACCUGGGCGAGGUCGUCGCUCACCGUCGGGCUCCGUUUCAGCCUCUUCCUCUCGCUCCUCCUCUCCUUCCGAUUCUCGCUCCUCUCGCUCUCCCUCUCGCUCCAGAUCUUUCUCUUCCUCCUCGUCCUCUCCGUCGCGUAGUUCCCGGAGCCGGAGCCCUCCUCCUCAGAGGCGAAAAAGUCCUCCUGAAGCAGCUAGGCGAGGUCGAUCUCCUCCAGCUCAGUCCAAGAGAACUUCUCCUCCUCCAAGGAAGCCUUCUCCUGUACGUGAAUCACUUGUUCUUCACAUAGAGAAACUCAGCAGGAAUGUCAAUGAAGGCCAUUUGAAAGAAAUUUUCAGUAACUUCGGUGAGGUUGUUAGUGUUGAGUUGGCAAUGGAUCGAAAUGUUAAUCUUCCAAAAGGAUAUGGAUAUGUGCAAUUCAAGACAAGAGGGGACGCUGAAAAAGCACUUCUGUUCAUGGAUGGUGCCCAAAUAGAUGGCAAUGUCAUUAAGGCAAGAUUUACCCUACCUCCAAGACAGAAAGUUUCACCACCCCCAAAGGCUUCUGCUGUUGCUCCAAAGAGAGAUGCCCCUAGGACUGAUAAUGCUAGUGCAGAUGUUGAAAAGGAUGGGCCAAAACGGCAGAGAGAACCUUCUCCUCGGAGAAAACCUCCUCCUUCACCACGGAGGAGAUCUCCUCUGCCUCGAAGAGUUGGAUCUCCAAGACGACCAGAUUCUCCUCGCCGCCGUGCUGAUUCUCCUGUCCGUCGUCGAUUAGACUCUCCUCCUCGUCGUGGUGACACACCACCUAGGAGGAGGCCUGUGUCUCCUGGAAGAGGUCGUUCUCCAUCUCCACCAAGGCGCCUUAGAUCCCCUGCAAGGGUCUCACCUAGAAGGUUGCGUGGAAGCCCAGGCCGGAGACGUUCUCCUCCUCCUCCUCCUCGGCGCCGUUCACCCCCACUCAGACGAGCUCGUAGUCCUCCUAGAAGAUCUCCAAUCAGUCGCAGACGCAGUCGCUCUCCAAUUCGUAGGUCUGCACGCUCACGUUCAAGAUCAUUCUCACCUCGGAGAGGUCGACCCCCUGUGAGACGCGGGAGGUCCUCGUCCUACUCUGGUUCACCUAGUCCCCGCAAGGUAUCCCGGAGAUCAAAGAGUCGCAGUCCAAGAAGGCCUUUGAGAGGAAGAGGUAUUAGCAACAGCAGCAGCAGCAGUUCACCACCCCCAGCUCGCAAACCAUAGACAAUUCCUGUACAUCUAUUGUCUCAUUCUGUUGAUGUAUUUAAAAGAUUCUGUACUGAAAACUUACUCUAGCUGCAACGUGCUUGGGGAUGUAGCUUUCUAUUGUCUAUUUUCUAACAUGUUUUCUUUUAGCACUUAAAAUAGUUUCGGAAACUUGCUGUUCCAUUCAUUUGCUUGGAUUUCUUAGCUUUGUCAAUUUUCUCUGAAAUGCAAAUUUUGGGAGAUUAUGGUGCUUGAAUUUCUUACAUCCAAUUUUGAUAAAUUGGUUGAAU